CCCUGUGACAGCUCCUGCCCUUGCAUCAUGACUCAGAAUUUCUGUGAGAAGUUCUGCCAGUGCAACCCUGACUGUCAGAACCGCUUCCCAGGCUGCCGCUGUAAAACCCAGUGCAACACCAAGCAGUGCCCGUGCUACCUGGCUGUGCGGGAGUGCGAUCCAGACCUCUGCCUGACCUGUGGGGCUUCGGAGCACUGGGACUGCAAGGUGGUCUCCUGCAAGAACUGCAGCAUCCAGCGAGGUCUCAAAAAGCAUUUGUUGCUGGCACCGUCAGAUGUCGCUGGCUGGGGGACUUUCAUCAAGGAAUCUGUGCAGAAGAAUGAGUUCAUCUCCGAGUACUGUGGUGAGCUUAUUUCACAGGAUGAGGCUGACCGGCGAGGGAAGGUCUACGACAAAUACAUGUCCAGCUUCCUCUUCAACCUCAACAAUGAUUUUGUUGUUGAUGCCACCCGCAAAGGAAAUAAAAUCCGCUUUGCCAAUCACUCAGUGAACCCCAAUUGCUAUGCCAAAGUUGUGAUGGUGAACGGAGACCACCGGAUAGGGAUCUUUGCCAAGAGGGCCAUCCAGGCGGGAGAGGAGCUCUUCUUCGAUUACAGGUACAGCCAGGCAGACGCCCUGAAGUAUGUCGGCAUAGAGAGGGAGACGGAUAUCAUCUAGGCUCUGUGCAGGGUGGUCCCCAGCACUCCUUGCUGCUGCACCUUGUAAGCAAUGCCAUGUUUGCUUCACGCUGACAUGACUGCUGCUGUUCCCGUUGCUGUGUGUGUCACAAGUGCUACUUUCCAUC